AUGGCCUACAAUCAGCCCUACGACCCUGACGCGCUCCCCAGAUUCGCCGAGCCCGAAAAACGUGGCGCGGCAGCUGGGAAGUCUUCCUCUCCAGCUCCUGAUCAGCGAUACAACAAGCCUGCGCCCCUGCCGCCGCAACAAUACCAGCAACACCACCAGCCGCCGCCGCAGCAGCAUCAACAACCACCACCUCACCGUCAAGGCACAAGCUCAUCCUACUCCCAGCCGCCUUCGCACCAUCCUCACCAGCAGCCUUCGCCUCAUCCUCACCAGCAUCCUGUCCAUAGCCCUCCCCCCAGGCAGCCUACAUACAACCGCAACAGCGGCACUCCCGGUCCGACCUUACAAACCGCAGAUGACAAUUCCGGUCAGAGUCUACUACCCCUCUUCAGGGCUGUAGACAAAGAUGGUACGGGUCAGCUCUCGGAAAAGGAACUGUCGGCGGCUCUCGUGAAUGGUGACUGGUCCGCAUUCGACACACAAACGGUCCGUAUGAUGAUCCGCAUGUUCGAUUCAGACAGGAGUGGAACCAUUGGUUUCGAGGAGUUCUGCGGUCUGUGGUCUUUUCUCGCCUCUUGGCGCACCCUCUUUGACCGCUUCGACAUCGACCGCAGCGGCAACAUCUCGCUCAACGAGUUCAGCGAUGCUCUCGCCGCCUUCCGCUACCGCCUCAGCCCGGAGUUUGUCAAGCUUCUUUUCCGCACCUACGACAAGCGCCAGGAGGGUGCCAUGAGCUUCGAUCUGUUUGUGCAGAGCUGCAUCUCCCUGAAGCGCAUGACGGACGUAUUCAAGAAGUACGACGACGACCGGGACGGGUUCAUCACGCUGAGCUUCGAGGACUUCCUGAGCGAGAUUCUCAAGCAAUUAAGAUAG